AUGCGUGUCGCCCAGCAGACCACCGUUGCCCUUCUGGCCGUCGGCGCCGUCGCCCUCGACCAGCGUGACAUCAACGAGUGCACGGACUACGCCUCGGAGGUCUAUUCCACCCUGAUGGACAUGCCCACCCCCGACCCCUCCCUCUACUCCUUCCUCGCCGAGCAAACACAGCUCGCCACCGUCACCGAGCUCUGCCAGAUCCCUCAGGUCACCGGCUCCUUGGCCGGCGAGUACACCUCGUACGUCAGCUCCGUCACCAGCUGGAUUGGCGAGCACAGCGGCAUCAUCGAGAGCCUCGUCGAGGCUUGCAGCGACGUUCCCGAGAUCCAGAGCCUGCUCAGCGCUAUGCCCAUUCCCACCAUGUGCUCCAACAUCUCCUGGGCCGACGGUGGCUCGGACGCCAAGACGACUGCCACUGAUUCGGGCAACGACAACUCGGCUGACGAUGGCGGCAACGCUGCCGGUCGUCAGACCGUCGCCAUCGGCGCUGCUCUUGCCGCUGUCGGCGCUCUUGUCGUCGCUCUAUAA